AUGCAUCUUACCUCGACUCUCGUCAUAGCCGCACUUUCCCUCUCGGGCUUUGCAUCGGCAUUGACCGUACAAGGAGCUCCAGAUGUUACUGACCCUCGGGUCAUUGAGCAUCUCCAGAACCGCGAAAAGCUGAUCACGCUGGAGAAGACCCAUAGACAAGUACGCGAAACUGACCAUGCAGAUCACAUCUUCCGCCAGAGUCUCUCCCCAACUGCCCAGCGCGCAGAUGAGAUCGUCAAGGCAAUCCGUCAAUAUGAGACCGACAACUACUGGCGUGUAGCUGGCACCCCGGACGAUAUAUACAAGGAACGGUUUGCCGGCGAGGUCUUCCCAUUGGCCCGGCCAUACAUCUCGAACACGACCCUCUGGAAGGUGAUUAAGCGCAUGCCAAAGGGAGCUUUGCUACACGCCCACUUGUCCGCUAUGUUGCCGUUUGAUAAACUCGUGGAAAUCAUUGUCCGUACAGAGGGGAUGAUGAUCUCUGCGUCGCAGCCUCUUAUUACAGACGAAGCCAAGUUGAAUGCCACCAUCACAUUUUCUCACAAUAAUGGUACAGUUCCGGUUGAUCAGUCCUCGGUUGACAUUGACUCGGUCGACUAUGUUGCUGGAACGAAAGUUCUUGUCACAACAGCCAUAGCCAACUUUGUCGGUGGUGAAGCGGGCUUCAUUGAGUUCAUCAAAUAUAAGAUGACUAUUCCGCCGGCCGAGUCUAUUCGCCAUGAAUUAGGAGUUGAUGAGAUCUGGAGACGGUUCCAGGAUUGCUUCGGUCCCACUAAUACCAUGAUCCAGUACGAGCCUGUCGUUCGGAGCUUUUAUCAGACGCUCUUCUCGGAUCUGGCGGGCGACGGUGUUAACUGGGUGGAGAUUCGGAGCGGUGGCUCGAGUGGGAAACUUGUACAUGAUGGCCAGGAAGAUGUUGAUCCUAGCCUCGAUGCGUGGUGGACUGUCUUGGUAGAAGAGAUUGAGAAAUUCAAGGCCACCGAGCAAGGUAAGAACUUUUUAGGCGUGAGGAUUAUUUGGUCCGACGCUCGUGGGAAAAACCGCGCUUCGCUUACCAGAAGCAUGAAAAUCGCUCUCCAGAGAAAGCAAAAUUUCCCCGAGCUCUUCAGUGGCUACGACUUGGUUGCACAAGAAGACCUUGGUCGUCCCCUCUCUGAUUUGGCACCAGAGCUGGUCUGGUUCCGCGAACAGACCGAGGCCCUCAACCUUACCAUUCCGUUCUUCUUCCACGCAGGAGAAACACUAGGCGAUGGGAACUCCACAGACGACAACUUGUUCGAUGCGCUCCUCUUUAACACGCGACGAAUCGGCCACGGAUUCUCCAUGUACAAGCAUCCGAACUUGAUCAAGCAAACGAUCGAGCAAAACGUGCUUGUGGAAGUUUGUCCCAUUUCCAACGAAGUUCUUCGCCUGAACACUGAUAUCCUUCACCAUCCCCUGCCUGCGAUGAUUGCCCACGGUAUUCCGACUGCAAUCAGCAACGAUGAUCCUGCUAUGCUUGGACAAGACGUGGCGGGCUUGAGUUAUGAUUUCUAUGAAGCCAUCCAAGCUUUUGAUAACCUUGGCCUCGCGGGAUUGGGAGCACUGGCGCAGAAUAGUCUGCGAUGGGCAAAUUUCGAAGACCAAUCUGACAAGGAGUGGAUUCAAGAUAUUGACCGCGGUCAAGAAGGGACCGGUACCAAGGCCAAGCACAUUCAAGCGUGGAAUGCUGAGUGGGAGGAAUUUUGCAAGUGGAUUGUGGAUGAGUAUGGAUCCAACUACGAGGUAGCGGGGGAGAUGGUCAUGGUGUAA